AUGGAGCGAAAUUCGCUUGAGGUAGAUACAGCGGCUGCGGUUGAUACCACUGAUAGUAAAGGGGGAAAUCGUGAUUUUGGCAUGGACUCUUGGGUGGGAGAAUCGUUCUUCGGUUUACAUAAGCAUGGCUUCAAUAUAAACAUUUUGAACUCCUUAUUUCCUGAGCAAGAGGAAAGGACUAUGAAGAGAUCACUCAAUGCUGUGUGA